UGGCUUCCUAUGUAAGUUGGUGUACCUCUCUCUCUCUCUCUCCUCUCUCUUUCCUUUUGAAAUGAAAACCUCUUCUUCUCCUCAACGCCGCUUCUCUGCCUGACCUUACCAAGUUGCCAACACCAUCUUCAUCCCCUUUGCAUUUCUCUCAAUUUACCAAAACACCCCACGCACUAUCUCUCUUUCACUGCAAAAUCACCAGUCAAGCCCUUUUUUUUUUCUUCUUCCCUUUCCUUUGUUAACCAAAAUGAGUUACCUUACCUCUUCUCACUAAUGCCGGCGCUUCCGUUCCCGGGCUCUUCCUUGGUUUUGUAUUGCCGAGUACAGGCUCUUUCCGCACCGUAAUUUGGUAUCUAUCUUUCUUCCAUUCAGAAUAUGGGAGGAGAGACUGAGCAGGACAUUUACGAAAUGGAGAUGCUUCUGCAUGAGAUCCCAAAUGCGACUUCUGUAAAUCCAUAUUCUGAGGAAUCCGGGCAUCCCAAUUCUUCUGCGAACUUCGAAAUAAACCCUUUGGAAGAGGGAGACAUGAAAUCUCCUCCUCCUACAACUUUUACUAACUUCUGCAAUGCUUCCCUGGCAGAUAACCAAGGCAGUAAUGCUGCUUUCUGUGCUGGAUUGUCUUUUGAAAGACCCAAUGCCACAUGUGUGAAUUCCUCUCAAGGUUCAGCUGAUGAAUGUCUUCAGGCCAAUGGAAUUAUGGAUGGAGGAAAAUUAACUGCAGAGAAGGGCGACCGUCAGUCACCUGUCAAGAAUAUUGAUCGGUUGUACCCGAAUCUUCCACAUGACCAAUCCUUGACAUCUUCAUUUGCAGAAUUGAGCUUUAAAGAUGGAGUGCCAUUGGAAUCACCAAGUCUUCAGAAUGUUAACUAUAAAACACUACAAAAUUGCACCUUUGUACUUGAGGGGCAGUAUCCAAACUGCCUACAGAAACCUUUUUCAAGUGGCAUGAAUAUGGUGACUACCACUUCAAAUGGGGUCAAUAAGUUAAGUGCAGAGAUGAAUGGCCAGGGAAGCAUGAAGUUUCUAAAACUUAAUGUUCAGGAACUAGAGAAACAGAAACCUGGUUCUUACCAGCCACUUGAGAAUUUAUCAGAUGACCUUGGGGAGCAAUUACUGAGGCUUCCAAUGUACUCUGCAUCUAUGCCAUUAUCUCAAGGAAUGCACGCCUUUCAGGUUCUAUCUAGUCCUGCUCCUGGAGUCGAAUUCCCAGUGAUGCCGUAUCAGCAGCAGUAUUUCAUGGAUACACAAUCGCCUGUUCCUUACCUGCAGCCACAGGAAACGGGCCGCUCCCCUCUCAGUUGGCGGCAUAUGGAAGAAGAGAGGUAUUGUAGGAUGCAUCAACAAAACCUCUAUUUGCAGCAGCUUCGGAAUCAGGGAUCAGAGGCUCAACUUUCAAUGCAAGCAAAUGUGAAUUCAAUACUUGGGCCUAUGACUAGGAACCUGAGGCAGCCUUAUUUUGAAAUGCCCAUCUCCCACCCACUUGAACAAUCCAAUCGAGAUGCCUUUUGGAACAAUGCUGCAACUAGUAGGGGAUUUAAUUCAUCAGAUCUAACUCCUAUUAGCAAUGGUGUAUGCCAUCAGUGCACUCAGGGGUUUUGUGGGAGGGGUGAUAGCUGUCCAUUUGCACAUGGCCAGAAACAGACAUCUGCAAGCGGUUUGGGACGUAAUUCUCCUGCUCUUGCUGCCAAAGAUAUUGAAGCAGUCCCAGUUAUGGACAAAGUGGGGAAACAUAGUUUUCCUGAGAAGAUUCUAACAAGAUCACAUGGCUUGAAUUCAAUAAGAGCUAUCAAGCCAGGAUCUGAUGGAGGACAUAAAUCUUUGAACUAUGGUAAUGCCAAUGGGAGGACCCUCUCAAAUGGUCAUUUCCACCACCACCACCCAUCCAUUCUAAAUGCGGGAUCCUUCCUUCUUGAUGGCCAGAACUCACAAGGUUCAUCCCCUGAUACCGCAGACAUCAGUAAUAAUAAUCUGAUGUCACCAUCUCAAAGAUAUAAUUCCAUGGAUGACGACGUUACAGGUCGAAUAUUCCUUAUGGCAAAGGAUCAACAUGGUUGCCGCUUCUUGCAAAAGAAAUUUGCUGAGGGUACUGCAGAAGAUGUUGAGAAAAUUUUUGUUGAGAUAAUUGGCCACAUUGUUGAACUCAUGACAGAUCCUUUUGGAAACUACCUAGUCCAGAAGCUACUCGAAGUGUGUGAUGAUGACCAGAGAAUGCAGAUCAUUCAUGCAAUUACAAGAAAACCUGGUGACCUUGUUAGAAUUUCAUGUGACAUGCAUGGGACUCGAGCUGUACAGAAGGUUAUUGAGACCCUUACAACUCCUGAGCAGUUUUCAAUGAUUGUUUCCUCUCUGAAGUCUGGUAUUGUGCCUUUGAUAAAAGAUAUGAAUGGUAAUCAUGUUGCACAGCGCUGCUUACAGUACUUAAUGCCUGAAUAUAGUGAGUUUCUCUUUAAAGCUGCAAUCUCGCACUGUGCUGAGCUUGCAACAGACCGCCAUGGGUGCUGUGUGCUUCAAAAGUGCCUUGGCCUUUCUGAUGGUGAACAUAAACGGCGUUUGAUCUCCGAGAUCACUUCUAAUGCUCUUAUCCUCACCCAAGAUCCAUUUGGGAAUUAUGUGGUACAGUUUGUAUUUGAACUUCAGAUUCCUUGGGCCACCAUUGAUGUUCUUGACCAACUGGAGGGUAACUAUGGAUACCUCUCUAUGCAGAAAUAUAGCAGCAAUGUGGUUGAGAAGUGCCUGAAAUACGCUGGAGAAGAGCAUCGCCCUCGUAUCAUUAAGGAACUGAUAAAUAACUCACGAUUAGAUCAAAUCUUGCUGGACCCUUAUGGCAAUUAUGUUAUUCAAGCUGCACUUAAUCAUUCUAAGGGAGCUCUUCAUGCUGCCUUGGUAGAAGCUAUCAAGCCCUUUGUUCCGGAGCUACAGACAAGUCCAUACGGAAAGAAAGUCCUCUCAAGCAACAGCCUGAAGAAGUAACAUAUGUUAUUCUUUCAUUCGACUCCUGGAUCAAGUCAGUACAUCUCUUUUCCCUAUACAACUGUCUGGGUUUUGAGCAAUUUCUUGGAGCAUUGCAGCUACAGUGC